UGGCAGAAUGUACGGUAACAACUGCAAUCAAAGUUGUGGACACUGUCUAAAUAACGCUCAGUGCUAUCAUAUCAAUGGUACAUGUUUAGACGGAUGUUUUGCUGGAUACGAAGGACAACUCUGUAUGAACAAAUGUAAUGAAGUGAGUUGGGGUAUCAACUGUAAAAUGAACUGUAGCACAGAGUGUGUCAACCAGACGUGUCACCAUGUGUCAGGAGACUGUUACAUGUUUAAACAGCCUUUGAAGACAUCUUUGGAUUCCUUUUCAUCGCUGCCUGUCAUUGUCGGUGUCGUCGUUUUAAUCGCUGUUCUCGUCAUUGGUGUCAUUUUAGCUACCCUACUCAGACGUAGAGCACGAGCAUUGGAGAAAGAUAACCGGGGGCAAAUCAAGAAGAAAAAUGAAAGAGACAGAGCUACGUCACCGACAGAUUUAAACAAUAUUGUUGAGGAUAUGGAGGGAAAUUCACAAUCUGCACAAAAGACUAGCAAAGUUGAGGGGGACGAUGAUAUUGACAAUGAUGAAAAAAUACACGAAGAAAAUCCAUACGGAGACCUGUAUGUAAAUGAGAGAACAAUCCCAGAUAUAAAUGUUGAGGAAUUAGAAUGUACUAUUGAGGAAAAACGGAAAAAUGAAGAUGAUGGCUUCAAAAGAGAGUAUGCGGGCAUGCCUUACGGUGAGAGAUACCCUUGCAACGCUGGAAAACAACCAGAUAACUUACCUAAAAACAGAUACAAGACAACCUUCCCUUACGAUCAUUCCAGAAUCAAAUUAUUGAACAGUCAGUCGAACUACAUCAACGCUAAUUUUAUUGACGGUAUUGAUAAAAUAAAUGCAUAUAUUGCUUCACAAGGACCUCGUCAGAACACUGUUACAGACUUUUGGACAAUGAUAUGGCAAGAAGAAGUAAACCAAAUAGUUAUGGUUACCAACCUCAUAGAAGGAAAAAAAACAAAAUGCUUUAAGUACUGGCCUGAUUUACAUCAAUCCAGUACUUUUGGUGUGAUUUCCUUACGUGGGGAGGAAGAGAAAAUCUAUGCCUAUUACAAUAUCAGGAAAUUCAGAAUUACCAAUAAAGUGCAAAAGAAAUCUCGCAUGGUGACACAGUACCACUACACCGCCUGGCCGGAUCACGGCACACCGGAUCCGCUCUGUCUUGUAGUUUUCCAUGAUCACGUGACAAGGUCAAAAGAUACACAAAAUGGAGGCCCAACAUUAGUACACUGCAGUGCUGGAAUUGGUCGAACGGGCACAUAUAUCGCUAUUGACGCUUUGUACAAGGCUGGCAAAACAAACAGGAAAAUCAACAUCGCGGAAUACGUCAAGAAAAUGAGGGAAAACAGAAUGAACAUGGUUCAGACUUAUGAACAGUACAUGACUAUUUUUCUGGCACUUGACUCCAUAUUUAAGGCGCCAACAUACUUACACACCAAAUCAGAAUUUGUAAGGAGAGCAGAGUUAAUGACACGGGAUAAACCAGUCAAUAAAUGUGAAAUAAGAGAGGAGUUCCAGAAUCUUCUAAAAGUGCGGCCCUCGUACACAGAAGUUGAUUACAAAGUCGCUUUACAAAGUGGACAUAGUAAAUCAUCUGUUCUUCCACUUGACAAAUACAGUGUUUUCCUGUCUUCAAGUGUGCCAAAGCGUGGAAAUUACAUUAACGCAGUUACACUUCCUUCUUAUACCAAUCCCAACGCGUUCAUAGUGACACAAUAUCCCUCGUCAGAGGACGCUGUAGACUUCCUGCGCCUUCUCACUGAUCACGAAUCUGAUUUGUUGAUUUGCAUGGAUCCUCUCAAUGAUAUUAAGCCGAUCAAAACAUGGCUACCAGUCACCAAUAAUUCGAAAACUGUGUUUCCUUUUACUGUACAAUGUGGGCAUCAACAGGUUACUGAUAUUAAAUGUACGACAAUCAGUAUUACACAGAGAGGGUCGGACCAAGGAUCUCCAGUAUCGAUUGUGGAGCCAAAAGGAAGCUUGAAAAAUGCACAGCUUUCCCAGGCUUCAGAACAGAUGUUACGUAUGGUUACCUUUGCACUACAGAGUGACACAGAGGGUGCUAUUACCAUAGUCAGCAGUGACGGUGCAUCCCUAUGUGGAGUGUUCUGCUCUGUAUACAAUGUACUACAACAGUUGUCUAUGGACGGAGAGGUGGACAUUUUCUCUACUGUUCGUCAGUUACAGAUAAGACGACCAGAACUCUGCUCUUCCAUGGAGGAGUACAGAAUGAUUUACGGUGUCGUGUUGGAUUACAUCCGGGUACAAGAAGACUCAUCUAAGGAAAAUGUUUACUACAACCAAUAAAAAGCAUCGUCGUGCAAGACUGUUUUUAGAAAUAUGAAUAUUUUCUAUCUGUUAUUUUCUUUCAUAAGAAUGAAAUAUAUUUCUUUUUAUAUGAACAGUCUUUUGUAUGUUCAUUAUCAAA